AUCCGCUGGAUCCGCCUCAAGCAGGGCAAUGACGAUUUUUCUUUUGUAUCUCCGAGUGAACUGGCGUGCGUCGAAGGACAGUUGCGAAGUCGCGAACAGUUGCUGACUAAUCCCCUCGCGUCCCCCGAGCAGCGCGCAGAAAGACAGCGUCGUAUCUUUUCGGUAAUCCCUCAAAACAACGAUACUCCGAUAGGCCGAAGAUAGGGACGACUUCGGUGGGCGUAUUGAGAUUCCGGCAAGCACCGUGCCCGCACGGACUCCGGGGGCUGGCGGCGAGACUCCAGGCGCACGCCUCGAUGCAGCAGUAGCUCGGCGACAAGAUUUUCAGGACGCUUUCGAGCCUCUCGCGAUGGCGUGGACCAAGUACCAGGUGUUUUUGGCGGUCAUGCUCGUCUUCACGGGCUCGAUCAACACGCUGGCGACCAAAUGGGCCGACAACUCGUACUCGGCAGGCAGGGACGGCAUAGUGCGCCAAUUCGACCACCCGUUUCUUCAGGCUGUGGGCAUGUUCCUGGGAGAGCUGUCCUGCCUGCUGGCCUUCAAGCUGGUGAUGUGGCACUAUACGCGCAAGGCCAAGAGCGGCGAGGCGGUGGAGCUGCCGCCAAGCGUGACAGGCAGUCGGGAGUUCAGCCCCCUCAUCUUCCUGCCCCCGGCCAUGUGCGACCUGGUGGGCACCUCCAUCAUGUACGUGGGGCUCAACCUCACCUAUGCCUCCAGCUUCCAGAUGCUUAGGGGGGCUGUGAUCAUCUUCACGGGGCUGCUGUCGGUGGCCUUCUUGGGACGGCGGCUACGGGGCUACGAGUGGGUGGGCAUCAUGCUGGUCAUGUGCGGCCUGGUGGUGGUGGGCCUCUCGGACAUCCUCUUCCCGGACAGCAGCACGUCCUCCAAGGGCACCAACAGCAUCAUCACAGGUGACCUGCUGAUCAUCCUGGCGCAGGUGAUCACGGCAACCCAAAUGGUGAUUGAAGAGAAGUUUGUCAACAAGUACAGGGUGGCUCCACUGCAGGCAGUUGGGUGGGAAGGUCUGUUUGUUUUUACCAAUGGUGGCAUCGCUGGGCGAAACUUUGACACCAGUCCUUUUUUAUCCCGCGAUGAUGCAGGCUUCUUUGGCUUCGUGGUGCUGAGCCUUCUGCUGGUGCCGAUGUACUUCAUCCCCGUGGGCAAUACCAUCUUCCAGAACCCGGGAGGGCAGCUGGAAGAUGCCAUUGAUGGCUUCUAUCAGAUCUACAACAGCUGGCAGGUGGCUCUCGGAGUCUUGGGCACCAUCGCAAGCAUUUCCUUCUUCAACUUUGCCGGCAUCAGCGUCACCAAGGAACUGAGUGCCACGACGCGCAUGGUGCUGGACAGUGUACGUACCCUGGUCAUCUGGGUGUUCUCACUGGCCGUGCGCUGGCAGUCCUUCAACUGGACCCAGAUCGUGGGCUUCGUGGUCCUCAUCCUUGGCAUGUUCCUCUACAACAACGUGGUCAUCCGGCCAUGGCUCAUAGGAAGAGGGUGCCUCAAGGACGACGAGGGACUUCAGGACGACCUUGAGGGCUUGGUGCCCGAGGAGCAGAAUCCGUCCACACAGGAGGCAGAAAAGUACUGAGGUUGUCGGAUGCCAAGUCGAGAUGUCUGGAAGUCCAGGACUCCCGCUGGACAUUUCUUUUGUCUCCCGGAUGUGCAUUCGAAAGCCAAUGGGUUUUCCAAGUGAGCACUGAACUGCAAGUUUGAGAUGUCUGCUGUUGGACAUCCUGAAGUUGUCUGCUUGCGGGACGUUCACAAGUUGAAACCGCCCACUGGUUGCCCGGUAGACACUUUCCUUCUUGUAGACAUCCAGCAUGCAUCUCGUCACUUCUGCUUGUUCAGAAAAUGGCGUCGACUUCUGGACGUUGAAGUGGGAGGCCAUGUCCUGGAUACUCGAACUGAAAGAUGAUCUGCUGGACAUUCCAAAACCGCCAGAUAUCACCGUUGCAGGUCUGUUGGACAUCUUGUGCUUGUCCGUACACCUGUUUAUGGAGAAUCCAGAGACUCCAUAGCGAAACCUGAUUUUUGUUAUGUUGUUGUGUACCGCACACAUUACCCGAACAUUGGACGGGUGUUCGAGUCUAUGCAAAUCUUUUUGAGCUGUUUGUUUUAUGGACAUUUAAAGGGAUUAUCCUUAUGACUGCAGGAUGGCUCCAAUUUGCUCUCAUACUUUGUGUGCAGAGAAUUGGGGGCGUGUUCGUUGGGCAAAGAAUGAACAUACUGUGAUUUUUGUUCUAAGGAAUUGUUUGUGAUAGUAUAACUAUCAGAACCUAUGGGGUUUUCUGUUUUUAGAUGACCCCGAAUAUUUUUGGGGCGUCCUCGGGCAGUUAUGUUAUUGUGCCGUCGAUGCAUUAAUAAAUAUUGGUUUGAGCGGUUUCAAGAAGCAACUUUGUGUGAGAAAGGUCAUUGCAGUGCUUUGUGAAUAUACUUCUAAACAUUUUAGUCGAAACCGUGCAAAGCGUAGUUGCCAGGUAUGCUAGAUUUUUCUCGAUGACUCCAAUAGUAAAAGCUGUGAAGAUUCUGUUGUAAAAAUGUUUUUUCUUAAUUUGAAAUUUAGGCAAGCUGGUGUUACAUGGAAGUCCACCUUGCAUCAACAGGGCAAGGAGUGAUUAUGUAACUGGAAUUCUGUAAAUAUAUUCAUUAAAGGCAACUACGGUCAAUACUUUUAUAAUUUGGAA